AUGCAAGAGAAGAGGCUGACCACCGUGCCUCCCUGUAUCAGAGCAAAUGAGUUUGAGGAGUAUCUAGCAACUGAUGACAUCCUUGUAGACUUCUUUAAUGAAUUCUUGAGCCUUCCAAUCUUUGCAGAGCCAAUUAAAUUUAAUCCUGAUUAUGGAAUUUUUGAAAUUGUUAGUGAUGAUCCUCAGCAUUUAGAAGAUCAGCUGAAAAAGAUGCUGAGAGAACAGAAACCUCGGAAUCCCAUUUAUGAUGUUACAAGACCAAAAUCACCCACCCCACCUUCUAAAGAUACGAGCCCUCCCUCUCCAGACUUAAAUUUUGACCUAACUUAUGUAACAAAGUGUCUGGAUCGAGAGCAGGCCAUUCGAUGGAUUAAAAAUGAACGGUUUCCAGCAUUUCUGGAAAGUGAUUGUUACUUUGAAUACAGGUUAGCUAAACUUGUAUCGCAAGUGGAGUGGAGCAAAACUGGCAUCAAUUUUCUUAUAGACAAAACACAUUAUCCUUGGUUCACAAAAGGCGGACCACCAACUGAAAGCUCUGCAGAAGGAGAAAAUGACUUAAUUAUGAAAGAAUUCUUCGUCUCUCUUGGUCAGGCCACCGUCACCCAGACAAAGGACUGGUUUACCCUAGCCAAGCAAAGUCAGAACAUGAUUACUACGGAUUCCAUUACUCGGCCUGUGGCAUCUUCCCGCGUUCAUUUUUCUUUGCAGCCUCCAAGGUCUUCCUCAUAUUUAGAUUUCAAGCCUCAUCCAGAUUCUUCUACAAUCCUUAGUGGACAUAUGCAUACCAUUUAUGGUGGUCAUUUAGAACUAUAUUCCAAGCUAAAGGAUCACUACUCUUCCAUGGCAGUUUUUGACAAGGCAAUGGCCCGGGACAUAGAUGAAGGCAACUCAUUGUCACUUCCGGAGACAAGGUCACGCGCCAUGCUAAGAGCAUACCUAGGGCAGGACUGGACCAGUACUAUUCAGGGGCAAGAUAAUGCAGCCUUGCAAAGAGCGGAAAACGUUGUUGUCUUUCAGACACUGGAUGACUUCUCACUGGCCUUCAGUAAGUUCGUAGUGAAAAGCUCUGUUGCAGUGCUCAGUAGGGAGCUGCCCGAUGCCAGGCCAUCAGAUAUAGAUUUCCGUAGAGUGACCAAAGUGUUUAUACAAGAGAUAGCAGACAAUCAGCCCUGCACGGAGCCACCCCUGGAGAAAACUGUGCUGGGGGAUACUUUAGAAGGUAAGGAAAGCGACACAAGCAUCAGUUUAAAGCCUGAAAAAGAUAACUCGGAAACCAGGGCUUCGUGGUGCCUUGGUCACAAGACCUAUGACAUUGGCAGCAGACAUGAAUUUGAAAGGUUCAAGAAGUUCAUCACUGGAACUGUGGGAGAAAGAUAUUGGUUGCUCUGGAUAGACAUCGAAAGGCUGAAAGUUCUUAAGGAUCCCAUGAGGCAGAAAAGACAGCUUGAUAGAAUGAAAAAAAUCUACUUUGUCAGCAAUGGAGAUCAUUACCUUACCUCUGAGGUUUUGUUUAAACUAAAUCUACUGGAUGGAGAUCAGUGGCACAUAAAUAACUUAAAAUGUGUCCAAUCUGAAGUACUGAAACCCUUGCUUCUCUACUGGGGUCCUAGAUUUUGUGUCACUCAUACACAUGCCAUAGAGGCUGCCAGCGCUAAGCUGAAGAUCUGGCACUCUCGGCAGCAGAAGCCACGGCUGGAUGUGGAUCCUUUCCCACAAAUGGUCUCCCUAUUGCCCCUGCGAGCUAAAUCGUGCAUGCCAAGAAUGUCCCACCAACAGAAAAGCACAAUCAGGUCACUGUCUCCUUUGACAAAGGCAGUUAUGCCUAGUACUUUUUACCAAAAGCCCACUAGAUUAUUAUCAGCAGUCUUGCCCCGGAGUCAAAGUGCUGUCAGAGAGGAUUGUGAUGCCUGGAGCCGGUUAACAGUUGUUAGCCCAAAGAGGCCAGCCACAGCGUGCGACAACAUGACUCGUCUGACCACAGUUCCUGACAAAACUGACUAUCUGAAGCCCCAGUUGAAUAGAAAAUACACUUAUGCAGAAGUAAUCCCUGGCAAAAUGUCCCCAGAUAUUUGUGAACUGGGGAGUUCCAAAAUGGAAAGAAUGCUGCAAUGCCUUAACACAGAAAACCGGGCUGGUUAUGUCUUCACAGAAUUCUGUGAGAAAUCUGAAAAUAAGUUGUGGAAGAACAGCGCGUACUUUUGGUUUGACCUGCAGGACUAUCAUCAACUUUUUUACCAAGAAACCCUUCAUCCGUACAAAUUAUGCAAGCAAGCCCAAUUCCUUUAUGCCACUUAUAUUGCUCCUUCUGCCACUAUGGAUAUUGGACUACAUCAGCUUAAGAAACAUGAGAUUUAUCGGAAAAUUGAGCCACCAUUUGAGGAUCUUUUUGACCCAGCCGAAGAAUAUAUCCUCAGCCUUCUUUUGGUUCCUUGGAUGAAGAUGCUAGAACAAGACAGAGCUACAUAUGAAAAGGUGGAGCUGGUGGAAGAAACUCGACAGCUGGACUCAGUGUACUUUAGAAAGCUGCAGGCUUUGCAUGAGGAGAGCAUUUCCAAGAAGGAUGAGGAAUCGGCUGUUGGCAAGAAGGUCUCGAUUCCUCUUGAUUCUGCUAAAACCACAGAGCUUCCAAGUGAAGCCCCUGGCGAAGUUGUGUUCUGCCGCCUUGCUGACUUGAUACGCAACAAAAUGGAUUUGGAGCAGUUCCGACUCUUCCUCACACAGCACUCAGCAAGCACUGACCUGAUGUGCUGGAUGGACAUCGAGCAGUUCAGAAGGAUGCUCCACAGGGACAAAAAACAAAGAGAAGAAAAAUCUAAGGAGAUUAAAAAUAAAUACCUACAUAGAAAGUAUUUUUUUGGUCCUGACAGUCCAGCUACCAAAGAAGAGCAAGAGCAGAUAAUGAAAUCAGGUGGAGGCUGGGGAAGCGUGAUCCAUGAGCAAGUUUCUCCUUUGAUCCUGGUCGAGGUCCAAAAGUACGCCCGGAUAAGACUAGAGAAAAAGUGGUUGCCGCUGUUUCUGAGAAGCGAAGAAUUUGGGCCACGGACAACAAUGAAGCCGCACCUACGAGAUGCUGCAGAAGAUAUCUUAAUUCAGAGACGCAAAAAGAAAACAGAAACGUGGAAGCAUGUGGACAAUAAGUGGGUCUCUUCCUCUAAGGAAAUAAUUACUUUCCGCAAAGCCUUGCUGAAUCCAAUCACAUCCUUUCAGUUCCGACGCUUUGUGUCUCUGAAAGGAGAUUUACUGGAAAACGGAGUGAUCUUCUGGCAAGAGGUGCAGAAGUAUAAGGACAUGUGCCAUUCCCAUUGUGAUGAUGACACUCUCCAAAAUAAGAUAACAACCAUCAUCAAGUGCUUCAUUACUUCUACCAUUCCACCGGCUCUGCAGAUUGACAUUCCUGAAGAACAGGCUCAGAAGAUAGUCGAGCAGAGGAAAGAGCUGGGUCCUUAUGUGUUCAGAGAAGCACAGAUGACUAUUUUCGCUCUUCUGUUUAAAUUUUGGCCCAAAUUUUGCGAGUUCCGAAGCAAUUUGGUGGACGAAGAUGUUUUGGCUCUUCUGGAAACCCAAAGAAAAAUGGAGAAGCAGAGAAAAGCAGGUAUAGAAGAGGUGAGCAAAAGAGAGCAGAAAAAAUCUGUCGCAUCUGUGAAGUCCUUUUCUACCGCUGACGGCAAAACUAAAAGUGAUCUUUCGUCUACACCAAGCUUUACAGGAUAUGGCCGACAGCCAUUUUCCUGGUCAUAUUCAAAGUACAUGGAAGCUCUCCAGCAGGAAAGAGUACUUCUGAAGAUUCAGGAGGAUCUAGAGAAGAAAUCGUUAGCAUCAUCACUGUAUACAGGUGUGCCAUCCGUAUUCAGUCUGAAGAGUUUUCAUCCAGUGGUACCAGAAAAACGGGCUGCCUCAGCUACCUUCACCUCUGCUUUUGUGAAGCAACGCAGUUUUCACUGAGACCCCGCAAGUCUUAAUGUGAUGAAGGAAUGUGAUGAAGAAAUGAUGAAUUUGCAGCAGCUUGUGGGAGCAAUCUACAGUAGAAAUAAAUGAAUACUGGC